GCUACAUUCUGCAAUUUGGUACAAAUCUGUAUUUUUUUUCGAACAGCAUGGGGGUGACCGGUUUGAAUCGAAUCCAUCUAUUAUUUAUGUGUACUGCUGUCUCUUGCUGGUACCCGGUGGCUGCACCAGAAAUCACAGAUGUAAAACUCGUCAAUGGAUCCAACGAAGCUGAAGGAAGAGUGGAGGUCUUGUACGAUGGAUCAUGGGGAACAGUUUGUAGUUUUUCCGGUUGGAAUCUGUUAGCUGCAAGGGUGGUCUGCAAAAUGCUGGGGUACGACGGAGCGUUGGAAGCACCUGGUUCGGCUAGGUUUGGGCAGGGAACCGGUGAUAUUCUAUACGUCAGUUGUGCGGGAACAGAAGACAGCCUGGCAGAUGUAAAACUCGUCAAUGGAUCCAGCGAAGCUAAAGGAAGAGUGGAGGUCUUGUACGAUGGAUCAUGGGGAACAGUUUGUAGUCUUUCCGGUUGGAAUCUGUUAGCAGCAAGGGUGGUCUGCAGAAUACUGGGGUUCGACGGAGCGUUGGAAGCACCUGGUUCGGCUAGGUUUGGGCAGGGAACCGGUGAUAUUCUGUAUGUCAGUUGUACAGGAACAGAAGACAGCCUGGCAGAUGUAAAACUCGUCAAUGGAUCCAGCGAAGCUGAAGGAAGAGUGGAGGUCUUGUACGAUGGAUCAUGGGGAACAGUUUGUAGUCUUUCCGGUUGGAAUCUGUUAGCUGCAAGGGUGGUCUGCAGAAUACUGGGGUACGACGGAGCGUUGGAAGCACCUGGUUCGGCUAGGUUUGGGCAGGGAACCAGUGAUAUUCUGUACGUCAGUUGUGAAGGAACAGAAGACAGCCUGGCAGAUUUGUUUUCAUUCAAUUAUCAAUUACUGACUUCAAUUGCCUCAGCCCAUCCAAAUCCUUUUGGAUUGAGGCUCGUCGAUGGAUCCCACAAAGCUGAAGGAAGAGUGGAGGUCUUCUACGAUGGAUCCUGGGGAACUAUCUGUGAUAAUGGUUGGGAUCUACGAGACGCGAGGGUUGUCUGCAGAAUGCUGGGGUUCAAGGGAGCCUUGGACGCACCUACAUCAGCAAGGUUCGGACAGGGAUCUGGGGAUAUACUUCUCGAUCUUGUGGGCUGUGACGGAACUGAGGAGAAUCUUGCGGAAUGUGCAAAUCUUGGGUUAGGUGUCAAUUACUGCGGACAUGAAGAGGAUGGUGGUGCCAUCUGUUACUCGGGAGCUCAUCCCAACUCUGGGGGAGUACGGCUCGAGGGUGGAUCUAACAGUUCUGAAGGCAGAGUGGAGAUCAUGUUUAACGGCACCUGGGGAACAGUUUGCGACGAUGAAUGGGGUUUGAAAGAUGCAAAGGUCGUAUGCAGAAUGCUGGGAUUUGGCGACGCCUCAGCUGCACCAGGUGCCUCCCGGUUUGGCGAGGGUUCCGGUAAAAUUCAUUUGUCUGUAGUUGGGUGCGAUGGUACGGAAGACAAUCUCGCAGAAUGUGCACAUCUAGGGUUCGGAACGCACAGCUGCCAGCAAGGAGAAGCGGCUGGGGUCACGUGCCUCUUAGGAGUUCGACUUGUCGGUGGAGCCAAUGAAUAUGAAGGAACAGUUGAGAUACUACACGAAGGGUCUUGGGGAACUGUAUGCGAUGAUUCGUGGGACCUGGACGACGCAACGGUUGUGUGUAAACAGUUAGGAUUUGAUGGGGCUGUAGCUGCUCUACCCGAAGCAAGAUUUGGCCAAGGUACUGGUGAAGUCUUGCUCGAAGGUGUUCAGUGCAAUGGGACAGAAUCCAGCCUCAUAGACUGCGAUCAUUGGAUUGGAGUCCAUAGGUGCGGGCACAAAGAAGAUGCCGGCGUCUCAUGCAUGCAUGUAGCUCAACAAGAUUUGACUGAUUUUAUCACUUCUGAUGUUACAAAACUUCCUACUGACUAUCUAAUGUCAGCUACUAACGAUCUGAUGCCAGCUGCUGACGACACUACAGAAGUAUCGUCAAGUAUGCAGAACAUUUCCCUUAAUCAGAUAAACCCGACUAAUAUUGAAGAUGUGAACUUGAAUACAACACCAAGUGUUAUGCCAAAUCUUCCAAAGAUGUUCCUAAUUGGGCUUUGCAUUUUAUUCUUCACUAUCAUUCUGAUAUUGUCUUGCUGGUGCAGUAUUCAAAGAAUUAGAAAAACGUAUAGCAGAAGGGCUGAGGACGAUGUAAACGCCGAUAUUUAUAUGGAUGUGGCGGAUAUUGGCUCAAUGCAAGCUCUUUCGCUAAACCCAGCUUAUCAAGGCCUGAACGCUCCACCUCGGUUACCGAAUAGACAAAAAACCAGUCUACUUCAUCAUAAUUAUGAAUCAAAUAUAGCAACGGAUGGUGACGGAAAAUUCGAUUUGAGUCUCCCGCAAUACAUCAAAAAAGGAGAACCACAUGAAUACAUGGAUAUGACGCCCGUCUAUGAAACACCCGACAAGGAAAAUGAGUGCUAUCUCGAUGGAUAUAUCCUUCCGACCAAGGAUGCAUUAUUGGAUGAUGAAAAGGCACUAAAGGUUGAUCCAGUUCGCAACGAUAAAUCGAAUAAGCACGAGUACAUCGAUAUGAAAACUGUUUACCAAACGCCCUCAGCGGGGAAUGAUGUAGACCUUGAUGGAUAUAUUCUCCCGUGUGAGGACGGCCCCCACAUCGACCCGAGCGCAAACGGUGAAAUUGCCUCAGCCCAUCCAAAUCCGUUUGGAAUAAGGCUCGUCGAUGAAUCCAGCAAAGCUGAAGGCAGAGUGGAGGUCUUCUACGAUGGAUCCUGGGGAACUAUCUGUGAUAAUGGUUGGGAUCUACGAGACGCGAGGGUUGUCUGCAGAAUGCUGGGGUUCAAGGGAGCCUUGGACGCACCUACAUCGGCAAGGUUCGGACAGGGAUCUGGGGAAAUACUUCUCGAUCUUGUCGGCUGUGACGGAACUGAGGAGUAUCUAGCGGAAUGUGCAAAUCUUGGGUUAGGUGUCAAUUACUGCGGACAUGAAGAGGAUGGUGGUGCCAUCUGUUACUCGGGAGCUCAUCCCAACUCUGAGGGGGUACGGCUCGAGGGUGGAUCUAACAGUUCUGAAGGCAGAGUGGAGAUCAUGUUUAACGGCACCUGGGGAACAGUUUGCGACGAUGGCUGGGAUUUGAAAGAUGCAAAGGUCGUAUGCAGAAUGCUGGGAUUUGGCGACGCCGCAGCUACACCAGGUGCAGCCCGGUUUGGCGAGGGUUCCGGCAAAAUUCAUUUGUCUGUAGUCGGUUGCGAUGGGACGGAAGACAAUCUCGCAGAAUGCGCACAUCUAGGUUUCGGAGUGCACAACUGCCAACAUGGCGAAGACGCUGGGGUCACGUGCCUCUUAGGAGUUCGACUUGUCGGUGGAGCCAAUACAUAUCAAGGAACAGUUGAGAUACUACACGAAGGGUCUUGGGGAACUGUAUGCGAUGAUUCGUGGGACUUAGACGACGCUAAGGUUGUGUGUAGACAGUUAGGAUUUGAUGGGGCUUUAGCUGCUCUACACGAAGCAAGAUUUGGCCAAGGUACUGGUGAAGUCUUGCUCGAAGGUGUUCAGUGCAAUGGGACAGAAGCCAGCCUCAUAGACUGCAAUCAUAAAGGGAUAAGAGAACGUAAUUGCGGGCACAAAGAAGAUGCCGGCGUCUCAUGCAUGCAUGCAGCUCAUCAAGAUUUUACUGGAAAUCCCGAUCCUGUCACUUCUGAUGUUACAAAACUUCCUACCGGCUAUCGGAUGUCAGCUACUGAUGUUCUGAUGCCAGCUGCUGACGCCACUACAGUAGUAUCGUCAAGUACGCAGAACAUUUCCCUUAAUGAGAAAAACCCGACUAAUAUUGAAGAUCUGAACUUGACUACAGGACCAAGUGUGAUGCCAAAUCUUCCAAAGAUGUUUCUAAUUGGGCUUUGCGUUUUAUUCUUUACUAUCAUUCUGAUAUUGUCUUGCUGGUGCUUCAUUCAAAGAAUUAGAAGGAUUUAUAUUAAAAGGGCUGAGGACGAUGUAAACGCCGACAUUUAUAUGGAUGUGGCGGAUAUUGGCUCAAUGCAAGCUCUUUCGCUAAACCCAGCUUAUCAAGGCCUGAACGCUCCACCUCGGUUACCGAAUAGACAAAAAACCAGUCUGCUUCAUCAUGAUUAUGAAUCAAAUAUAGCAACGGAUGGUGACGGAAAAUUCGAUUUGAAUCUCCCGCGAUACAUCAAGAAAGGAGAACCACACGAAUACAUGGACAUGACACCCGUUUAUGAAACACCCGACAAUGAAAAUGAGUGCUAUCUCGAUGGAUAUAUCCUUCCGACCAAGGAUGCAUUAUUGGAUGAUGGAACGGCACUAAAGGUUGAUUCAGUUCGCAACGAUAAAUCGAAUAAACAUGAGUACAUCGACAUGAAAACUGUUUACCAAACGCCUUCAGCGGGAAACGAUGUAGACCUCGAUGAAUAUGUUCUCCCGUGUGAGGACAGCUCCCACACCGACCCGAGCGCAAACGGUGAAAAAACCAAUAACCAGGGAUAAAUUGAUAAAAAGGCGCCUUAAACAACUGUUGACAUUUCGAGUUUAAAUUAAGGACUAGAUGCUGCCUUGAAACGACUCAUGGCACGGGGUGAAACCAUGAAUAUAUGGACAUUAAUACUGUAGGUAAAAUAUACAUAACAUAAUAAUGUAUUAUGUAUUAUUAUUAUUAUAAUAAUCUAAAAGAAUGUGACACUUAUGAGUUGUUGCUAAUGCACUUAUUUGUAAUGCACUUAUCCGUAAUGUGUUAUGAUGUACAUAAAUGUGAUGAAACAAAAGGCUAUCGAAUGAGAGCCGUAUUUUAAUGAUAUCAAAUCACGACGGUCAAAACUAUUUCUCCUCUCCUGUACGACGAAAACUGAAAGUAAUGUCAUAUUUAAUUAUAGAUUGAGGUCAUAGGUUCUGCAAGUAAGAUGUAAUUCCUCUUAAGUUUAAUACGGUCUUAAUGACAAUUAAUGCGGAUUCUAUAACCGUUCACACGCAACUUUUUUAAAAGUCAUAUUUAAAGUCAAUGGACAUGUACAAUGAUUAGAUUCAUAUUCAAACCAAUGAUCGAAACGAAGUUGUAGAUCAAAAACUGUCUGACAAAUAUAGGUUUUCUUUCCACUGCGUAAUAUUAUUCCAGACCAAAUUACGGACUUACAUUUAACUUACAUACAAUUUUAUUAUCAUGUAUUAUGUAAUUGUUCCUCUUUAUGAUACGAGAAAUAAUCGUAUACGGAAGAUGGCAUUUGACAAAUGUAUUUGCUCGACCAAGUAAGAGCACAAGUUAAACAUUAUAAGCACUGUACAAAAAUGGAAACAAAUGGAAUCUAUAAAUCAUAUUGCUUUCCUUCAAUGGUUAUAGUGUAUUAUAGCAAAUUACUUAAAUAUUAACUGUACUCUCUUGACUCUAUCAUCACGUUAGAUUGUAAAUUUUUUGCCUAAUUCACUUUGAAAAAAAAAGAUGUACACAGAUGUGAAUUCUUCCUAUUCAUCUGAAUGAUCUAUUUUCUCACUACUUGUAUGUAUCCUAACAAUAAUGAAAGGGAUAACAAGUCAGGUUUUACAUCGCAGCUAAAUAUAAUUAGCUUGCUUUCAA